AUGACUCCUGCGAGCAAGUCACAAGAUAUCAUUGAGCGUCUCAAACAAUGGGGCGCUUGCGACGUUGCGGAUGGCCUCAGUAAACUCAAACACCCAGACGGAGGCUUCCUCGAAGGCCUCACCCUGUAUUCGCCAGACUACCAAGCCGGAGAGACCAAGAUCGUUGGCCAGGCAUUCACGGUGAAGUUUGUGCCAACAGAUGACCAAGCUGCUCCGAAACUCAGUGGAAACUAUAUUGAUAUGGUCCCACCCGGAGUUGUGAUUGUUAUAUCCCAGCCCUUACCACAGGUAAACGCCGUCUAUGGUGGGCUGAUGACCUUGCGGGCACAGGCGGUAGGUGCAGCCGGGGUCGUGAUUGACGGACGCGUACGAGAUUUAGGAGAGCACCGAGCGCUAAAAUUUCCUCUGUUCGCCAGAUAUGCCGGCACAACAGCUGGUGGGGCAGUCUGUCGGCCUUCUGAAGUAAACGUUCCCGUGCGGCUGCACUCUCAACAUCAGGAGACUUGGAUCAACCCGGGUGAUUAUAUCGUGGCCGAUUUGAAUGGAGUUGUGCGUGUUCCAAAGGAGACGGUGGAGGACGUGCUUGACGUUAUUCCAGACAUUGUGGAAGCCGAUCGGAAGUGUGCAGAGGCAAUCAGGGCAGGAAGGAGUGUAGAAGAUGUUUUCAAAGAGUUUAGAGGGCGGUAG